AUGGGCAGCACAGAAAUGGAGGUUGAUAGCCAUCAAAACGGUGAGAGAGCGGAGUUUUGUGUGAAAGGGGAUCCCUUGAACUGGGGGAUGGCGGCGGAGUCAUUAAAGGGUAGUCAUUUAGACGAGGUGAAGCGGAUGGUGGCGGAGUUUAGGAAGCCGGUGGUGAGAUUGGGUGGAGAGACGUUGACUGUGUCGCAGGUGGCGGCGAUCGCCGCCAGUGAUAACGCUGGGGUGAAGGUGGAGCUGUCGGAGACGGCGAGGGCGGGGGUGAAGGCGAGUAGUGAUUGGGUGAUGGAGAGUAUGAAUAAAGGAACUGAUAGUUAUGGUGUCACCACCGGGUUCGGAGCUACCUCUCACCGGAGAACGAAAGAAGGUGGUGCUCUUCAGAAGGAGCUCAUUAGAUUCUUGAACGCCGGAAUAUUCGGUAAUGGCACAGAAUCAACCCACACACUUCCACAUUCAGCCACAAGAGCAGCCAUGCUUGUCAGGAUCAACACCCUCCUUCAAGGUUACUCCGGCAUCCGAUUCGAGAUCUUGGAAGCGAUCACCAAGUUCCUCAACCACAACGUCACCCCUUUUCUCCCUCUCCGUGGGACAAUUACCGCCUCCGGCGAUCUCGUCCCAUUAUCCUACAUCGCCGGUCUUCUCACCGGCCGUGCCAACUCCAAAGCCGUUGGACCCACCGGAGAAGUUCUAAAUGCCGAAAAGGCCUUCGCUGAAGCCGGAGUUGAAGGUGGUUUCUUCGAGUUACAGCCGAAAGAAGGGCUGGCACUUGUCAACGGCACCGCUGUGGGAUCCGGGAUGGCGUCGAUGGUGCUAUUUGAUGCUAAUGUUCUUGCAUUGUUGUCGGAAGUGUUAUCGGCGAUCUUCGCUGAAGUUAUGCAAGGUAAGCCGGAGUUUACUGAUCACUUAACACACAAAUUGAAGCAUCACCCUGGUCAAAUCGAGGCGGCGGCGAUCAUGGAGUAUAUUUUGGACGGAAGUGAUUACGUCAAGGCGGCGCAAAAGGUCCACGAAAUGGACCCGUUACAGAAACCAAAACAAGAUCGUUAUGCUCUCCGUACAUCUCCCCAAUGGCUCGGACCACAAAUCGAAGUCAUCCGAUCAUCAACCAAAAUGAUCGAGAGGGAAAUCAACUCCGUCAACGACAACCCAUUGAUCGACGUUUCAAGGAACAAAGCUCUACACGGUGGAAACUUCCAAGGAACCCCAAUCGGAGUUUCCAUGGAUAACACACGUUUGGCCAUCGCCGCCAUCGGAAAGCUAAUGUUCGCCCAAUUCUCAGAGCUUGUCAACGAUUUCUACAACAAUGGGUUGCCUUCAAAUCUCUCCGGCGGCCGGAAUCCCAGUUUGGAUUACGGGUUCAAAGGUGCAGAAAUCGCCAUGGCUUCUUACUGCUCUGAGCUCCAGUUUCUCGCCAAUCCAGUCACAAACCACGUUCAAAGCGCCGAACAACACAACCAAGAUGUUAAUUCCUUGGGAUUGAUUUCAGCAAGAAAAACAGCAGAAUCAGUCGAGAUCUUAAAACUCAUGUCAACCACAUACUUAGUAGCUCUAUGUCAAUCCAUCGACUUGAGGCAUUUGGAAGAGAACCUGAAAUCCACAGUGAAGAACACAGUGAGCCUAGUCGCGAAGAAGAUCCUAACCACCGGCGUCAAUGGCGAGCUCCACCCUUCUAGAUUCUGCGAGAAAGACUUGCUUCGUGUGGUCGACAGGGAGUAUGUCUUUGCAUACAUCGACGACGCUUGCAGCGCCACAUACCCAUUGAUGCAGAAGCUCCGACAGGUUAUCGUCGACCAGGCAUUAAACAACGAAAAUGACGCCGGAACUUCCAUCUUCCAAAAGAUCAGUGAAUUCGAAGAGGAACUGAAAGCCGUUUUGCCUAAAGAAGUGGAGGGAGUUAGAAGCGCAUACGAGAGUUCGACAUUGACGAUUCCAAACAGGAUCAAGGAGUGUAGAUCAUACCCAUUGUACAGGUUUGUGAGAGAGGAGCUUGGAACAGGGUUUUUGACAGGGGAGGAGGUGACGUCACCUGGAGAAGAGUUCGAUAAGGUGUUCACUGCUUUGUGCAAAGGACAUAUUAUCGAUCCAUUGUUGGAGUGUGUUCAAGGGUGGAAUGGUGUUCCUCUUCCGAUUUCAUAG